AGCUACACAAAAGUUGUGACCUUCUUACGGCUCUGCCAGCCCUAGCAAUUUGCUUGCUUUGUCUUUCACAUCCAUGCCUUUCCGUCGAAUUUUCUAUUUUUGCAUACUCUAUGAUGGAGAACGCAACUGAUACUGGGCGAAAAUUGCGCGCAAAGGAACGAAAGCGAUACGACGAGGGGCAAGAACAAGAUGAUGAGAUAGAAGGCAAACGUACUUUCUGUGUAGAAGACAAACUUCUUACUGACAAAUUCGGGGAAGAUUUUAUCAAAUUUGUAGAAGGCGAAGAAGUUACCUUAAAAUAUGUUCAAGAGAAUGGUUUCAACACGCCACUGUUAAUAAAAGAUAAAUCGGGUCUUGGGAUGAGGAUACCCGGCAAGGAAUUCAAUGUCAAUGAUGUGAGGCAGUUCGUAGGUAGCCGUCGUUUGGUAGACGUGGUUGAUGUCAAUACACAAAAAGGCAUCGAGAUGACCAUGGCACAGUGGGCCAAAUAUUUUGAAAACCCCGAUCGGGAUAAAUUGUACAAUGUGAUCAGUCUGGAAUUUAGCAGAACAAGAUUGGACGACUAUGUGACGUCGCCCAAAUUGGUUCGUCAAGUCGACUGGAUCGACAAUGUUUGGCCUCCACAUUUAAAGAACACUCAGAUUGAAUCCACUAAUGCCAUCUCUGAAAUGAAAUAUCCUAAAGUUCAAAAGUACUGUUUGAUGAGCGUUGCUGGAUGUUACACUGAUUUUCAUAUUGAUUUUGGUGGCACCUCAGUGUGGUAUCACAUCUUACAUGGCAAGAAGAUUUUUUGGUUAAUUCCACCGACUGAGAAAAAUCUUGAUCUAUACGAAGCUUGGGUAUUAUCGGGGAAGCAAGGGGACAUCUUUCUCGGUGACAGAGUGGACCACUGUGCUCGUGUUACUUUAUAUGCUGGCUAUACAUUUUUCAUACCCACAGGUUGGAUACAUGCUGUUUUUACACCUGAAGAUUCGUUAGUGUUUGGUGGAAACUUUUUACACAGUUUCAACAUUCCACAGCAGCUCAGAGUUUAUAACAUUGAAGAUAGUACUAGGGUGCCGCAGAAAUUUCGCUAUCCAUUUUACAAUGAGAUGCUUUGGUAUCUGUUGGAUCGCUAUGUUACUGUAUUGAAAGGUAAAUCUAGAGUCUCUGUACCUGAUGACAAAGAGAAGACUGGUGAUCAAAACGGUAUUACAGAUAAAGAAAAGAUGAAUACAGCUGAGGAGAAAUUAAAAACUGAGGGAAAGGCAGAGGGGAAGAUUGGGGAAAGUAACCAUACACCAAGAAUUCCCAGGCUGAGAAGUAAAUCUUCAGGUAUUGAAACUGACGAUAAAAAUAGUGUGGAUGGUAAAGAGAGGAGGAACAAAAAUGACAGUAAGAAUGAUGAUGCCUGCAGAAAGGAGAAAUCUGAGAAUGAAGUUGGAAAGGCAGAGGGGAAGAUUGGGGAAAGUAACCAUACACCAAGAAUUCCCAGGCUGAGAAGUAAAUCUUCAGGUAUUGAAACUGACGAUAAAAAUAGUGUGGAUGGUAAAGAGAGGAGGAACAAAAAUGACAGUAAGAAUGAUGAUGCCUGCAGAAAGGAGAAAUCUGAGAAUGAAGUUGUGAAAAAAGAACCUCUGCAUUUGACAAAAGAUGAAAUGCAGGGACUGGAAGCAGUGGUGGAUAGGUUAGAAGCGUUUCCUUCGAAUAAACGACAUGUACCUGAAGGAUUGAAUGACCCCGAUGGUCUACUGGAAGAUACCAAGCAAUUGUUACGAGAUCAUGCAAAUGAUGAUCCAGUUUUAGCUGCCAGUGGUAAACCAAUUGUAGAAUGGCCACAGCCAUUACUUAGAGCAAGAACCAAGCCGAAAGCAGCUCAUACUUCCAAACCAACUAAACCUGGUGCUGUGCGCCGAAGGCGGACACGGUGUCGGAAAUGUGAAAAUUGUUUACGAGGUGAUUGCAGCAAAUGUUCUUUCUGCAAGGAUAUGAAAAAGUAUGGCGGUCCUGGUCGCAUGAAACAAUCGUGCCUUCAAAGGCAAUGCUUGUCGCCCGUGUUGCCUCAUACCGCAUGCUGUGAACUUUGUGGUGGUGAUGACCAUGAUGAACGAGUGAAAGAUGGUGGAAUAAUUACAUUGAUGGAAUGUAAUGUAUGUUUUAAAGUGGUGCAUCCAGAGUGUCUGAAAACUGAAGGCCAGCCUCAUGUGGGAGUCAUCAAUGAAGACCUCUCCAAUAGCUGGGAGUGCCCCCAAUGCUGCAGUGAAAGCUCUGACAGUGAUAAGAAUGAACCGAGUACCUCUAAAUCAAGGACAAGUCCUGUCAAGUCAUCAGACAAAGGCAGUUCUAAUUCCACGUCGAGAAAACGAAAGGGUGUAAGCCCAGGAAAAACACCAGAUUCCACCACCAAAAAAAAGGUACAACUCAAAACUGGACGAGGGCGUGGUGCUCUGUCUUCCUCCAGAUUCCAAAGCAGAACACCAGGAAAAAGGCCAAGGGACAAAGAGGGUAAUGACGGCAGGCAGACAAUGUUUCUGAAAAGAAAGAGGCGUAUCCUAGGGAGACCCUCGUUGAAGGGUACCCUUGGAAAACCCAAAGUGGGGAAACCAAGCACAUUUAGCAGAGCUUUAAAAAUUAAACGAGAGAAAUUGUUAGCGAAACAGAAGUUAUUGAAGAAGAAAAUACAGGAAAUGCGCAAUAACAGACAAAAAUCCCAGGGAAUAUUAGACAUGUGUGAAGUGCAAAUAAAGAAAGAAGCUGUACCUGAACCGUCAACAUCCAUUCAUACGCCGAUAAAUAAUGCCACAAAUGGGAUGCGUAGAAGCCCUCGGACUGUCGGUGGGCGAAUAUCAAAACCUACUAACUUUAUUCCAGCAAAACCUAUUGAAAUGGAACGACAUGUUGUGCGGCCACGGCCAGUAAGUCCUCCUCCAGACUCUCUGCCUUUGGAUAGUGGAGAUAACCACAUGGUGAAACGAGAACUCUGGAUGUCUGUGUUCAGGCAUCUCCCACAACAGGAUCUGUGUCGUUGUAUGAGUGUGUGUAAAACAUGGAAUCGCUGGUGCUGCGAUAAAAGGCUGUGGAAUAGACUGGAUCUAACACGAAUCGCACCUAUCACGCCAUCAGCAAUGAGUGGAAUCAUCCGGCGGCAGCCCACAUCGCUGGAUCUUGGAUAUACAAAUAUCAGCAAAAAACAGUUGAGUUGGUUGGUGAAUAGACUUCCAAGUCUUAAAGAACUUGGCCUCGCUGGGUGCUCUUGGUCUGCUGUGUCUGCACUCUGCACAAUCACCUGUCCGUUAUUAAAAAAAUUAGAUUUGCGAUGGUGUGAAGGGAUAAGAGAAUCUACAAUACAAGACUUGUUGUCUCCUCCGUCGGACCACCGUCCUGGUUGCUUGGACGAACAGUCGAGAUUGCGUCACCUAACGCAUCUGUUAUUGGCUGGCUGUGAUGUGACUGAUGCCGCCAUGGUGUCAGUGAUCAAACACUGUCGGCAGCUAAGCAAGUUAGAUUUGAGUUACUGUACUUUGUUAACUGAUAAAUCUGUUGAUAUGAUCACCUCAUUGCAGUCUCCUUUCAGAGAUAAGCUGACGGAUCUUGAUCUGACAGGUUGCCACAAACUGACAGAAAACAGCAUAGAAUACUUGCAACGAUGCAAGCGACUGACAAAAAUCAACUUACAUAGCUGUGGGGGUAUAUCGCAAGCAGCUUGUGAGAAACUCAUCACAUCCAGCUUGUAUUCAUUGUGUAUUUCUGAGAAGAAAAUUAUCUCCAUCAAAUCACGCAAGAGAAUUGAAACAAUAAUAUAGAAAAAGUAUUCAAUCUUUCUGUAAUACAAAAUUAGUAUUUUGUGAACAAAACAAUUCUUAGAUGGAAAACCAUUUCCGGUGGUUAUUUUACCCUAC